AUGGUGGGGUUGGUUGAGGUGGAAGGUUCAACAUCAGUAUCAAUGUACCCUUGCCAUAAGAAAAGCAUGGGAAAGCCUUACAUCAGUAGCAUGCAUGCAGAAGCGAAAUUCGUGAAGAGAGGAACAGUUAGCCCCAAAGAAAAAAAAAAUGUUGGAGGUGUUGAGCCAGGUCUUUUACGUGAUGGACACAGCAAAGACAUGGAUAAGGAUUAUCUACAACCAUCUGGAAUUUAUGUAGCACCAAAUGACCCAAGUGCAAAACAGGUAGAAAUAGUGGCACCAAAUGACCCAACCAUUGGAAGUUGUGCUCCAAAUUACUCACCUUCUCAAUCUUUAAGUGUUGCUCCAGCAUACAUGAUACCUGCAAUAACUCUCAAUGCAGGUCCCAUAAAUUGUAUUGUUGGGAGAACAUUGGUGCGUAAGGCGAUCAUGCGGCUGAUUUUUUCAUUCAAUGAACUUGAGAUAAAAUACAACCGAACAUCACAUAAAUAUGCCAAGUGGGAAGCAAAAAGGCCUAUGUAA